GUUGUUUUCAAUUUUGUGUAGGAUCCUGCAUACUACGUACUUAAGGAGGAUGAUUCUCCUUGUAUUUUUGGUUCAAUUGAAAAGCAGAGAUGGUCCUAUGCCUGUGCUAAGCAGUUGAUUGAGAGGCUUGUUUAUGCUGAGGGUGCUGAAAAUGGCUUGGAAUUCACAAUUGUGAGGUCUUUUAAUUGGAUUGGACCACGAAUGGAUUUCAUUCCCGGCAUUGAUGGCCCAAGUGAGGGUGUUCCUCGGGUUCUGGCAUGCUUUAGCAAUAAUCUCCUCCGUGGAGAGCCCUUGAAGCUUGUGGAUGGUGACCAAUCCCAGAGGACUUUUGUGUAUAUUAAGGAUGCUAUUGAAGUUGUCUUAUUGAUGAUUGAAAAUCCCGCCAGGGCCAAUGGACAUAUUUUUAAUGUGGGAAACCCAAACAAUGAGGUUAUAGUUAGGCAGCUUGCUGAAAUGAUGACUCAGGUUUAUUCAAAGGUAAGUGGAGAAGCACCUCUGGAAAAACCUAUUAUUGAUGUGAGCUCCAAAGAAUUUUACGGUGAGGGAUAUGAUGAUAGUGACAAGAGAAUUCCUGACAUGACCAUAAUUAAUAGGCAGCUUGGCUGGAAUCCUAAAACCUCACUUUGGGACCUGCUUGAAUCAACUCUCACUUAUCAGCACAGGACUUAUGCUGAAGCCGUUAAGAAAGUCAUUGCAAAGCCCAUGGCAAGUUAAACU